AUGCUGGGCGGGCCGCCUGCGCGCUUCGGUGAGGGCGGCGAGGGUUGCGAGGGCGCGGCAGCGGUCUCCACUUGCGGUUGCCGGGCUAGCUGGCGACUGCAGCAUUGCGAAAGAAUGGCGUGUCAUCUCACCGUCGUGUGUGCCAGUGCCUUCCCAGGGCGGUGUGAGAAAGUUUUCGACGCGCUGUCUACACGUGAGGCGGCGGCCUCCGCGCAUCUUCUGGACCCGCGGGAUCUGCUGAGAUCACCGCGUCGUUCGUGCCCCCGCCUUGUCCUGCAACAGUUCUGCCGGGACAGGCAUGCAGAGUGCCGCGUGGAUGCGAAGGCGCAGCCCGGAUGCCGCCACAACACACUGUUGUUGGCAGGCACGGUCGAGCCUUUCCUCCUGUCAAGCAGUGGCGAAGCGUCCCUGCUCGCUUAUAGCCCCACCAAGCAAUGUUCUAAAAACUCCCGGAUGCCGCCACAACACAAUGUUGGGGCAGGCACGGUCGAGCCCUUCCUCCAGGGGUGCGGUCGAUCCCGUCGAUCCUUCCUUCUCCCGACCUCCUCCGACCUCCUCCUCCUCCCGACCUCCUCCUCCUCAGAGGUCUCCCAGCGCGGCCGUAGCGGCAUGCCAGCUGAUUGA